UUUCAUUCUUCAGCGCAUUCAUGAACCCUAAUUUCCUUACUCAAACACGCGCCGCACUGACUGAACAGAUUGGAGUCCUAUCCAAUUUCCUCAAUUCUUAAUCUAAGUUUCAAGAUCGGAGAAAAAAGACAACUUCUUCCUCAUUACCGGUUCAGGUGUUGGCGUUCAUAGGUUGCAAUUAGUUUUGGGGGAGGGGGAAUUUUGAUGCUGUUGAGUUCAUUUGUGUGUUGUAAGAGCUACGUCUGAGGACAUACAUAGAACAUGUCAAGUAAGAAGGAAGAGAAAUCUCAGGCUGCGGCUGAAAGAAUCAAGGCUGCAGCCUUGAGUGCUGCGAAAGGUCUUAGUCGUGCUCAGGCCGAAAGGGCGGCAGCUGCGGCUGCCCGGAAUGUGAAUGCUUAUGGACAGAAGGAAGAAGGGCCUAGCAGAUGGCAGGAGAAAAGGGAAGCAAAGAGGCAGAUGUAUUUGAUGAGUACUGAGAAAGCUGUUAAAUUAGGUGAAAGAAAGGACCUUAAACCGACAAUGUCGACUGUGGGUGGCACAGCUCAGUGCCAAAAGUGUUUCCAAAGUGGCCACUGGACAUAUGAAUGCAAGAAUGAACGGGUUUACAUUUCAAGACCAUCCAGGACCCAGCAACUUAAAAAUCCUAAACUGAGGGCAAAUGUCUCUGUGACUUAUGAUUUGGAUGAUAAUAAUAAAAAUAAUUCUGUUGCUAAGGAGGAAAAGGCUAAAAAGAGUUCCAAAAAAGCCAAAAGGAAGCAUCGGUCUGACUCUGAUUCUGGCAGUGAUAGUGAGGAUUCAGUUUUUGAGACUGAUAGUGGUAGUGGGUCAUCAUCUGUUACGGGAUCAGAUUAUUCUUCGGAAAGUAGUUCAGGUUACAGUUCAUCAUCUGAUUCAGAGGAAGAACGGAGACGUAGAAGGAAGAAGAAGCAGAAGAGAGGAAGACGGAGGAGGUACAGUACAUCAGAAUCAGAUUCUGUUUCAGACUCUGAUUCUGAUGAUAGAAGCAGCCGGAGAAAGAGGAGACAUAAUCGAAGACGGUGAGUGAAACUGAAGAAUGUGCGGAGCAGCCUAGAGUUUGGUGGGUCGGUGCUGGGUAAGUUACUUGCUACAUGGAUGCAAUCAUCAAGUUUCAGCAGAUAUGGUGCUUAUUAUGAUAUGGGUAAUGUAGAAUAAGCUUUGCUAGCUGCUGCUGUGGUUGUAUUAAUUUUCUUUUAUUACUUUGUUUUCCUGAAGAUAUUCCGAAGUUAGAUUUAAUCUUUCACAUUUAACUUCAUGGACGUGCUCUCUAUGUUUUCGUUAGAUGUUAAGCAGUAAGAUGGUUUGGUUUUUGCAAUUGAUCCUAGUUUAAAAUGCUGUCAUGCGUAUACUCUCAUUUACAACUUACUUAUUGUAUAGUUUGAGAGUUUCAUAGCUGAGUUGUUUCUUGCAUUUUCGAUAUCUGAGGACUUUAAUGCAUUUUGAUUAUACAUCAAAUUGAGCUUGAGC